GUGGGAAAGGUUUUGGACUCAACCGUGGAUAGUAUCCUUUGGGUCACGAUCGUUUCUAUCGAACUGCGGAUCUUCUCAAACACCAAAGUGCCAUGAGAAUCCAAUCCUUUCUUGUCCAAGGAGCGGGCUCUGCCUUGGCUGGUCGCCUUGGUUUGUUGACGGCCCCUCAACCUCCAGAUGCUUUGGUUCUCAUGUCCCUUGGGGUGGAUCAGGCAACGUUGUUGGAUUCGCUGAAACAGCACAAAGAAAAGAUCCAGGAUAGGAAGGUGUACGUCACGGAGACAUACGGGAUCCUUGGCUUUGAUCAAGACCUGAAACAAAAUGUGGAGUUGAUGGAGAAGGGCCGUGGAUCAGAAUAUGGCUGUUGUGGAGGCAGUGGAGGCCAAGGUUGUGUCGCUAUUGGAUAUUACGACGGUGCCAUUGCCGGCCAUACGGAUGAUUUUCCCAAGGAUGUAGCCAGCCUCAUGGUCGUUGCUGACCAGAGCAAAAGCUGGGCUGCUGUGCAAGCCAAGGCUCCCUUGCAUUAUGGAGGAAUUACCAAGCAAUGCUGGAAAGUCAAUACAGAGGGAAAUGAGAUAUCUCUCGUCGAAGUGCCCUAUUUUUGGGUAGCUGAUAAUCAGGGAGCGAUGACAGGUGUCGCGACAUUUAAAGGUGAUGCGGCUGAAGCUACCAAAUCGCUAUUGCAGGAGCUCCCCAAAGGAUACAAAACAACGGGUGAUGUAGGACUGUUUCCGUGCUUCACCAGAGGAGUGAAUGAAUACGGCGAAGAAAACGUUGAGUCGACUGUGAUUGGUUCGGUCAUGCCAUCACCCCGUAUUUACGGCAUGUUCGCACAUGGAGAGCUUGGGCCAACAAGCUUUGCAUCCUUUACGGACAAGCCAAACAAUCUACCAUGCACUCAACAUGGCAGUACAUCCAUACUGUCAAUUCACCGCGACAAAAACUGAAGUCCCUCGAUCGUG